CGACCGGCGUCUGACGUGAGUGAAGGUCACAGGCUGUGCGGCAGGAAACAGCCUCCCUCUUCCUUCGCUUCCCCCUCCGUGUCCCGGCUCGCUGCAGGACCGGGACCCGCUGCUGGACUCAGUUCAUCAUGGCCAGUUUAUUCCGUGGUGCGAUGUGCUACUCUUUACCAUUACUGCAGAGUGGACCAGCUGUAACAGUUAAGCGAGCACCAUGCAAACGUUACUUUAAGACUUAUCGAGUUUUGUGGAACCAGCAAGCAGUUAAAGGUGUCCGUUACAGAGACUUGGUGGUUGGCAUUCCUAAGGAAAUUUACAAGAAUGAGAAAAGGGUGGCAGUGUCUCCUGCAGGUGUCCAAGCCCUUGUCAAGCAGGGAUUUACUGUGAAAGUGGAGACAACAGCUGGUGAUGGUGCCAAAUUCUCUGAUGACCAAUACAGAGAGGCUGGGGCCAUUAUUAAUGAUACAAAAGAUGUUUUUGGAUCAGAUAUUGUCCUAAAGGUCAGGGCUCCAGUUUUCAAUGAGACCUUGGGAGCUCAUGAAGCAGACCUGCUAAAGGAGAAAUCUACUCUUGUCAGUUUCAUCUAUCCAGCUCAGAACGCUGAUCUCAUGAACAAACUUGCUCAGCGCAAAGCCUCUGUCCUGGCUAUGGACCAGGUCCCUCGAGUUACCAUAGCUCAGGGAUAUGAUGCCCUUAGUUCCAUGGCUAACAUAGCAGGGUACAAGUCUGUUGUGUUGGCAGCAAACCAUUUUGGUAGAUUUUUCACAGGUCAAAUAACAGCUGCUGGGAAGGUACCUCCGGCAAAGGUCUUGGUUAUUGGAGGUGGUGUUGCUGGUUUGGCUGCUGCUGGUGCUGCAAAAUCAUUGGGAGCCAUUGUUCGUGGUUUUGACACGAGAGAUGCAGCCCUGGAACAAUUUAAAUCUUUUGGAGCAGAACCUCUUCAUAUUGAUGUGGAGGAAUCUGGUGAAGGGACUGGUGGAUAUGCUAAAGAGAUGUCAAAAGAAUUUAUUGAGGCAGAAAUGGCACUGUUUGCUAAACAGUGUAAGGACGUGGAUAUUAUCAUUACUACUGCACUUAUUCCAGGAAAACGGGCACCUGUUCUCAUCACCAAGGAUAUGGUAGAAACAAUGAAGGAUGGUUCUGUCAUCGUUGAUCUUGCAGCUGAAGCUGGUGGAAAUGUAGCUACAACAAAACCUGAAGAAAUUUAUGUUCAUAAGGGUGUGACCCACAUAGGUUAUACGGACCUGCCAAGCAGAAUGUCCACACAGGCCAGUAGCCUGUACUCAAACAAUGUCCUGAAAUUGUUGAAGGCGAUAAGUCCUGACAAGGAAUACUUUUACUUUGAGCCCAAAGAUCAAUUUGGCUAUGGUACAGUUGACCAUGUUAUCAGAGGCACUCUGGUAAUGCAGGAAGGCAAAAACCUGUUUCCAGCACCCCAGCCUUUAAAUGUUCCAGAGAGUGCACCUGUCAAGCAAAAAUCUGUGGCAGACAUUGAAGCAGAAAAGGAGGCCAUGAUUUCUCCUUUCACAAGGACAAUGACCUCUGCCAGUGUUUAUACAGCAGGUUUGGUUGGAACAUUGGGAUUAGGAAUAAGCUCUCCAAAUGCCGCUUUUACUCAGAUGGUCACAACGUUUGGCCUAGCAGGCAUAGUAGGUUAUCACACUGUGUGGGGCGUCACUCCAGCUCUCCAUUCGCCACUAAUGUCGGUCACGAAUGCUAUCUCAGGACUUACAGCUGUAGGUGGUCUAGUUCUAAUGGGAGGAAAUUACUUGCCAUCAACUGUUCCUCAAACGCUUGCCCUGUUGGCUGCAUUUAUAUCAUCGGUUAAUAUAGCAGGUGGUUUCCUUAUUACGCAGAGGAUGUUGGAUAUGUUCAAACGUCCCACAGAUCCACCCGAAUACAACUAUCUGUACUUGCUACCUGGAGCGGCAUUUGUUGGUGGCUAUGGUGCUGCUUUGGCCAAUGGAUACAGCAUAGAGCAGAUGAUGUAUCUUGGUUCAGGCCUGUGCUGUGUUGGUGCACUGGCUGGCCUUUCUGCACAGAAAACGGCCAGAUUGGGAAAUGCACUGGGCAUGAUUGGUGUAGCUGGUGGUCUGGCUGCAACCCUGGGUGCAAUUAAACCCUCACCUGAGCUCCUUGGUCAGAUGUCUACUGCCAUGGCAAUGGGUGGAACCUUAGGUCUCACCAUUGCCAAACGCAUUGAAAUAUCUGACCUCCCCCAGCUGGUUGCUGCAUUCCACAGUUUGGUCGGCCUGGCAGCAGUGCUCACCUGUGUUGCCGAGUAUAUGAUUGAGUACCCACACCUUGAUGCUCAUCCUGCAGCUAAUCUGAUUAAGACAGUGGCUUAUCUGGGCACAUACAUUGGUGGUGUGACAUUUAGUGGUUCUCUGGUGGCUUAUGGAAAGUUGCAAGGUUUACUGAACUCUGCUCCACUUAUGUUACCUGGCCGGCAUUACCUGAAUGCUGGAUUACUUGCAGCCUCAGUGGGUGGAAUAGUGCCAUUUAUGCUGGAUCCCAGUUAUACCACAGGCAUGACUUGCCUACUAGGUGUCUCUACACUGUCAACAAUCAUGGGUGUGACUCUAACAGCAGCCAUUGGUGGAGCUGACAUGCCUGUUGUGAUCACUGUGUUAAACAGUUAUUCUGGUUGGGCCUUGUGUGCAGAAGGUUUUCUCUUGGACAACAAUUUAAUGACAAUUGUUGGUGCCCUAAUUGGAUCUUCUGGUGCUAUACUGUCCUACAUCAUGUGUGUGGCUAUGAAUCGUUCAUUACCCAAUGUUAUCUUGGGUGGAUAUGGAACAUCAUCCACUGGCACAGGAAAACCCAUGGAAAUUGUAGGAACUCACACUGAAGUUAAUGUGGAUCAAGCCAUUGAAAUGAUCAAAGAGGCCAACUCAAUCAUCAUUACCCCAGGUUGGGGCUUAUGUGCUGCCAAAGCUCAGUAUCCAAUUGCUGACAUGGUGAAGAUGCUUAUUGAACAUGGGAAGAAAGUCAGAUUUGGAAUACAUCCCGUUGCCGGUCGAAUGCCUGGUCAACUCAAUGUACUUCUGGCUGAGGCUGGUGUACCUUAUGAUAUUGUUUUAGAAAUGGAUGAGAUCAACGAAGAUUUCCCAGAAACUGAUUUAGUUUUGGUUAUUGGUGCCAAUGACACAGUGAAUUCAGCGUCACAAGAAGAUCCUAAUUCUAUUAUUGCUGGCAUGCCAGUUUUGGAGGUCUGGAAAUCUAAACAGGUUAUUGUGAUGAAGCGAACUCUAGGAGUUGGCUACGCUGCAGUUGACAAUCCCAUCUUCUACAAACCCAACACUUCAAUGCUGCUUGGUGAUGCAAAGAAGACAUGUGACGCUCUGCAGAGCAAGAUUCGGGAAAUGGGAAAUUAAACAUCGAGACAAAAAUGUUACACUGAAUAAAUCAAUUCACUUCCAGAAUUCAAUGGUUUGAAGAUGACAGAAACAAAAAGAAUGCAUAAUCCAGAGGAAAUAUGAAAAUAAAUAUUUUACUGUA